UAUUUAUUUCUACGGUUUAUUAAUUUUUCUCUGUCCUGUACUUCACUGGCACUGCACAUUCUCGCGCAGCAUUGACUGUCACGUGAGUCGUCUCGUGACAACAGGAAGAAGGAAUGGCAACAGUGUAAGGAUGCUGUUGCUGCUUUGACACUUUUCAACUCUGGAUUUUAAUAUCUGCAGAAAGCGACAGACAACAAUGGCUUCUUUUAUAAAAGAAACACAAAGCAUAAAAGAAGCGGUAACUUUCAUCAACGCUAUUGAUGAGAACAAGUUCUCCAGGCUGAUCUCCCGCAUCAUACAAAAGCUUCAUCUGAAGGGAGAGCGGACAUUCAGUGAAGAGGAGGAAGAAAAACUUCAGGCUGCCCUCUCAUUGGAUAAACAGGCUCUCAGUCUAGUCCUGGAAACAGCUGCCUUUAUACUGGAGCAGGCAGUGUAUCAUAAUGUAAAGCCGGCCUCUCUACAGCAACAGCUGGAGGGGGUUCAUCUAAACCCAGACAAGGCUGAGGUGUUCUCUCAAACCUGGGCCAGUUUUGGACCUGAGCUGGUGGAGAAACUAAAGCACAAUACCUUUGCCCCAAAGAAGCUGGAGUAUGUCGGCUGGCAGUUGAACCUGCAGAUGGCCCAGUCCAGCCAAGCCAGACUGAAGUCUCCCAGUGCUGUCCUCCAACUGGGGCUCCGCAAUGAAGACUCUGAGGUUCAGGAAAAUGUCUUUGUUGAUUUUAACCACCAGGAGCUGCUUGACCUCUACAACAAGCUUGAAAUCGUGCAAGGCCAGUUGGAUUCCCUGACCUGAUGCCUGGUGCUCUCUCACACACACACACACACACACACACACACACACACACACACACACACACACACACACACACACACACACACACACACACACACACACACACACACACACACACACACACACACACACACACACACACACACACAGUGUUUUUUCUGACAGCUAUGCCAGCUGUUCCAUUCUUGCUCUGAUUUAUUAGAGAAAAAUGUCAAACUUUGAUGGAAGGAGUUUCUUUCCACUUUAAGCUCCUUUUAUUCCAGGUUUGUGCUCAUAACUUAGAGAGGCUGGUGUGAUAAAUUAUGAUAAAUCUGAUUGUUCUUGUAAUUGUACUGAAACACAUUUAGGAAUUUUCUAUGUCCAGCAGUUAGUAACAAAAAUGUUUGAUGGCCAUAGGAAUUAGUGCCAAUAGUGAUGAUCGUGAAUAUUUGUUAAGGGAAAUGCUAUUUUGAGUUAUAAACAAAUUCAUUUUGUAACGUGGAGAGGAACUAGUGUCCAUGACAUUCUAAUAAAAUCUGAAGUGGAGGUGAAAUCCA